AGGGAAGAGAAGGAGAGAGAGAAGGAGGGGAGAAAGGAGGUCAUCCAGUUGAACCGGACAGGAGAGAAGAAGGAAGGAAGGAAGGGAGGGAGGAAAGAAAGAAGGGUCUGCGCAUAGGGCCAGAGCAUUUCAGGCGAAGCCAUGAGUGUUGUUGUGCGCCCAUGUGCCCCCAAAGACCUGAAGGACAUCCUGCGUCUUAUUAAGGAAAUUGCGGUGAUCUACAACGUCCCGUUGACCCAACUCUACCCAAAUAUGGAGGUGCUUCACAAAGACGGAUUCGGGGAGAGACCCAAAUUCGAGUGUUUCGUGGCCGAGGCUCCCCCAGAACAGAAAAGCAAGGAAGGUCACACUAUUGUUGGCUACAUCCUAUCCGCAUAUACUUAUAGUACCUGGAAGGGGAAGAAUCUUUAUGUGGACAACUUCUACGUCAUGCCGGAAUUUAGAGGGAGGCGCAUCGGGAAGAAGCUCAUGUCCUCAGCUGCAGAGUCGGCUUGGGCCCGGGGCUGCACCGAAUUCCGGAUGCACUCUUCGUCAAAAAAGCCGGAAAACUACGCCGUUUUGCAGCGCUUUGGAGGAGGAGACCUCAGCGCCAAGCACGGAUGGAACCUUCUCCGCUUCUACAACGACGCCGUGCAAAAACGGGCCGCCCAGAGCAAGGUCUAGCAUGGGAGAGAGGCAUGUAUCAUGCAAAAAAGGCACAGAACAUUGGUCCGGAAAAUAAAACACUGCAAAUGGUUUCCAAA